AUGAAUGUCAAUAAAGAAAAUCCUAAUAAAGAAAAUCCUAAUAAAGAAAAACAGGUUCAAAAUGUUGAUAACAAAAUUUUGGAUGAUCGUGCGUCCUCGUUUAGUAGUGAUUGUAAAGUAGUACAGAAAAGCGUCCAGGCUAAUUUUGAAACCAAUUUUGGUCGUAUGUCGGUCGAUGUGUUGAGGUUCUUGUGUCAUGAGUUGGAGAUUGCUGAAUCGGGUUCUAAACAGGAUCUGGUUAAUCGUUUGGUUAGCGAGAGUAAGAGAAGGGAAGUGUCUGGUGACGCUUCCAAUGAGAAGAAUAAGGCUUUUGCUAGUGGUGAGGGUGCUUCCGCACCUAUGUUUGGCAGUGUUGGUUCUUCACUUUUUGAGCCAGUGGCUGGUUCUACUAGUAGUACGGGUGAUGUUAGACCUGGGGAAAAAAGGUUUGUCUCGAAUACAUUAGGUAAUGAUCAAUAUCAACAAACCGCUUGGUUCCCGAAUAAAACUCUAGGUUCUUGUGAAAGUAAGAGACCUAGAAUGGCGCAAGAACAAAGUUUCACCAGAUAUGAGCUUCAAGAUAAGCAAGUGCAAACGCCGUUUUUUCAGGGAGUACAGCCUCUUUUGCCUACAUUGGUUCAGCCUCAACCAUUUGUACAACUGUUGUGGCAUCAGGCUCCUUUCCAGGCAAUGGGAUCUGGUCCUGUUAGUUUUGGAGAGCAGUAG